GGAACCCGAACGAGAUCGAAAAGAGAUAGAGAAUAGAAUAGACUGGGGUGAUGAUGGUGAUGGUGGUGGCAAGGCAUGGAGCUAGCUAGAGGAAACUUAUAAGCAUUAAUUGCUGCUCCAGCAAUUAUACAUAUAAUAUAUAUAGAGUACUAUAGUAUUGGUUAAUUUGAAAGAGAAGAAAGUGCAUCUUUGCUUUGAAGGGAGGCAGAAAGGCAUAUGCAGCAGCAGCAGCUCCUGGAUUUCACCUACUUGCAAGCAUCCCAAAAAAUAAUUACCAAGACCCGACCCGACCCGACCUUAUAUAAAUAGGUAGAUAAUUAAUUCAAUGGGGCUCCUGCUGCUCCGCUAGCUGCACCUGCCUGCAAACAUGGAUUCCAAGUAUGGGCUACUUGUUGCAGCCAUUUGUUUAGUGCUCACACACGCAUUGCUUCUUCACCAUGCAUCAUCAUCGUCAUCGUCCAUUGUUGAUGUUGAUACUGCUACUAGAUAUGAGAGUUUUGAGUUGGAGGAGGAAAGUGGCGCGGGAUAUUAUUGUGGGGCUGGGAGGAGCAACAACAGAUUUGAGGAGGAGGAGGAUGAAUGGAGCAUGGUGAAGAAGAAUGGGAACCAAUUCAGCGUGAAUGGCAGACCGUUUUACGUGAAUGGAUUCAACACUUACUGGCUAAUGGUGUUGGCGGUGGAUGAGUCAACCAGGGGAAAGGUGAGUGAGGUGUUUGAACAAGCAUCAGCUGCGGGUCUAUCGGUUUGCAGGACCUGGGCUUUCAACGAUGGCCAGUGGCGAGCUCUCCAAACAUCCCCUUCUGUUUACGAUGAGCAAGUCUUCAAGGGGUUGGAUUUUGUCAUCAGCGAAGCACGCAGGUACAAGAUAAGGCUCAUACUAUCGCUGGUAAACAAUUGGGAAGCCUAUGGUGGGAAAUCGCAGUAUGUGAAAUGGGGUAACGCUGCAGGCCUCAAUUUGACUUCUGAUGAUGACUUCUUUUCUCAUCCCAAUAUCAAGAUCUAUUACAAGGCUCAUCUCAAUAAAGUGCUGAACCGAGUUAAUACAGUAACAAACAUAACGUACAAGGAUGACCCAACAAUUUUUGCUUGGGAACUUAUGAACGAGCCGCGCUGUGAAUCAGAUCCCUCAGGCGACAAGUUACAGGGUUGGAUAGAAGAAAUGGCCGUGUAUGUGAAAAGCAUUGAUCCAAAGCAUCUGGUGGAGAUUGGGGUUGAAGGUUUCUACGGGCCUUCAACUCCCAACAAAGUUGGGUACAACCCCAAUGCUUAUGCCCAGCGAGUUGGGACUGACUUCAUCCGCAACCAUCAGGUUCUUGGGGUGGAUUUCGCCUCUGUCCACAUCUACCCGGAUUCCUGGAUUGCUGCUGAUCAACCCAUUUCGGAGGCACAUAUGGUUGAGUUCACGAGGAGGUGGAUGCAAGCCCACAUCGAAGAUGCAGAACAAUUCCUGGGGAUGCCGGUGGUGUUUUGCGAGUUCGGGGUGUCGGCAAAGGACCCCGGCUACAAUGCAAGCUACCGCGACACCCUGAUCAGCAGCGUGUACGAGACGCUCCUGGACUCCACCAAGAGGGGGGGUGGGGGCGGGGGCAGCCUCCUCUGGCAGCUCUUCCCCGAGGGCACAGACUACAUGGAUGAUGGGUAUGCAGUUGUGCUGUCCAGGUCCCUCUCAACCGCCAAUAUCAUCUCCCUCCACUCCAAGCGGAUGAAGAUGUUCAACUCCAUGUGCUCUUGGAGGUGCCGAUGGGGCUGCAAGCGAAAGCAUCCCCAUGCCCACGCCCACGCCCCUUCCCUGCACUAUGAACUUUGA